GGCGGGUCUUGUGAGUAUCGGUUUGGUGGGUUCCUCGGCCGCUGAGUACAGCUGCUUCAAGGGACGAAAGACGGCAGGAGGGUAACACGGAGGUCUUUGGUAUUUAAAAGCACACUCUGGGAAAGAUGGCAGCCAUCAGGAAGAAGUUGGUGAUAGUUGGUGAUGGUGCGUGUGGGAAGACCUGUCUGCUCAUCGUCUUCAGUAAGGACCAGUUCCCAGAGGUCUACGUCCCCACUGUGUUUGAGAACUACAUCGCUGACAUCGAAGUUGAUGGCAAACAGGUGGAGUUAGCGUUGUGGGAUACCGCAGGUCAGGAGGACUAUGACAGACUGAGGCCUCUCUCCUACCCUGACACAGAUGUUAUCCUCAUGUGUUUCUCCAUAGACAGCCCCGACAGUUUAGAGAACAUUCCCGAGAAAUGGACGCCUGAAGUAAAACACUUCUGUCCCAAUGUCCCAAUCAUUCUCGUGGGGAACAAGAAGGACCUGAGGAAUGAUGAACACACACGCAGGGAGCUGGCCAAGAUGAAACAGGAGCCUGUUAAGUCAGAGGAGGGCAGAGACAUGGCCAACCGCAUCAGUGCCUUUGGCUACCUGGAGUGCUCCGCCAAGACCAAGGACGGUGUGCGGGAGGUGUUUGAGAUGGCCACCAGGGCGGCGCUGCAGGUCCGCAAGCGCAAGAAGAGGGGCGGCUGCCAGCUACUGUGAAGGGACGGAGAUUGUUGGCCAAUCAGCACAGGGCAAACUUAGAAAAACCUAAAAUCAAUGGCUUCCGUGGACUAUACUUACUUCACAGAUGCAGAUAUGCCACAGGAGAAUAUGAAAGACUGACACCUGUUUAAAAGCAAAACAAAUCAGCCUUUUUUUAAAAAAAAACUCUAUUUCCUCUGCUACUCACAUACUUUUUGUUUCUGUUUGUUUACUGUUUUGUUCUCCUCCACCAGCACACCGGUCUGUUUGUGUGAAGGUCCUGUCCCUUCCUCCUAUAUGAAUGUAUGUUUGUAUUUAUAUGUGCAUAUACUUUACAAAUAUAUCAUGUCCGUGUUAUGAUUGUUUACAGAGAUGGGUCUUGGCGCUCACACGCCCACUUAAUGGCAAGACGGACGUUUUUUAAAUUGCUUUAAUAGUAUGGAACCCCUUCUUCUCCUCAGUCAGCGUUCAGUCUCCUUUACAUAUCCGUUUCAGGCACGAUCCACCUACAUGUCACACCACUAUUCAUUUUUAAAGUCCUAUUUCACAAAGUGCUGAGUCAGCAGAGCCCUGUUUUCCCCAGCUUUCUCUUCUGACACAAAGGACUAAAUUUAGAUCCCGUUCACUACGUUAAUACACUGAAACCUACAUAAACUGAAUCAGCAGCGACUAUAUGUGUGGAGAGGUUUUGGACUGCACCUUGCUCUGUCUCUCUUCCAUGGCGAUAGCUUAAGCUGGCACUGGAGACAGUGGUCUAUUGUCAUGGACACAAUACUCUCAGUCACGCUCACACUGGCUCCAGCAGACUUGCCUCUACCAAGACGUCACCAACGCUUUCCCCAAACAAGCCUGCUGUCUGAACUCUGUACUGUUGAUUCAGAUCCAGUAUUCAGUCAUUAUGCAUCAAUGUGUACUGAAUCUACAAGAUUCUGGGCUCAACACACUAUGGGUGCACACUGCAUACAGCCAUAUUAUUAUUGCUCAGACAUAUUAUAGGCCUGUUCUGUAUGUUUAAGUUUUAAUUAAAAUCCAACUGACAACUUGAGUGACAGCUCAAAUGUCAUCAAAUUGGGGCUUUGUGGUUGUAUGUUAGGACUUUAUUUGACACUAAACACAAGGGACAUUCCUUCAAAUGUGAUUGGAAUAACAAGAAGUGCACAGGUCAGAUUUUUUCUUGAGAAGGCAUUAGAGAUCAUUAAAGUAAUGGUGCAUUUGAGCUUAGGUGAAACAGUAAAUUAGGAUUUUUUAUAUAUACUAAUGGAUCAAAAAAAGUGCUGUUUACAGGCAAUUUGAAUAAGAAAUUCACAGAAUUAUGAUGAAAAUUCUCUGAUGUAGCUUUUGCCUCAUUUCCACUGCAUGGGUCGUCUUGACUUAGAAGUUAUUUGGGUUCUAUUAAGCAAAUUUAACUAGUUGCCAUAAUAACUGGUCUUAAACUAUGUUGAGUUUGCUUUGUGGAACUGAAUUAACUGAAAAUAAACCUGGCUUAUAAUAUAUGGUACAGAACCCUGGUCAUUUUCUCCAUUUUAUGUUCCACUGCAGAUAAUUCCUCUCAGUGCAGGUGGGAGUCUCAAUAUCAACGUCACAUGAAAUUGCUUAGACAUUAUCAUUAUGAUGACACCCGCCAAACCCUUUCAUCAGGAACCAAGCAAAGGAACAUCUGCACUUUGUCAAUUGUAGGCGUAGUAUACCGGGUAAUGUACAGCUUUGUUUUGUGGGCUUCCUUUUUUUAAAUCUGGGUCAAUCGAAAUAAAAAUUGUGGUUCCUUAAAAAUAGAUUGUGCAUGAUGUCUCACAUUCAACUAAUGACUAAUGACAAUUCUCUUUGACCAAUCAGUGCUCUGCAGUGUUUUAACUGCACCUUCUAGCAUCAGCUCAGCUCGCUUGAAACUUCGAUCUAUUCCUAUCCACAACUUUUACUAAUGGAAAGCCAGCAAGAGCAAGUCGAGUUGAGUAGAGCCGUGCCAUACCAUGUAGUGGAAGUGUGGCAUUAGUUAAUCACUGCAACCACAAUUACCAAGAUUAAUAAUUUUAUCCAGAAGUAUCUUGUCAUCACAAAGUAACCGAGUCAUCAAACCACCACAUCUUCUUACAGGCAGCCCUCUGGUGCAGUUACUGUGUGUUUCUGUCGUGGCUGCAGGAAACUCAUGCCAUACAUUACAAAACAGGUCCUGUCAUGAAAGAGCCCUGAACACACGAAGCAUGUGUAAAUGGUUCCUGCAUUGAUCUUACCACCAUCUUAAGCUACAACUGUCUUUUUUUAUCUGGUACAUUCAGAUCCGUAGCGAUCAGGGUGUUGCUGGCCUGGGCUAUUUUCUGGACAGUGCCUCUAUGUCUGUAUUGUCGCACCAUCGUUCAAGAGAAAAUGUUGAUUGUGAUGCCGCUUUACAAACAGGAGUGGGAAGUGUUGAAUGUCGGGAUGACACAAACAUGUUAUUAAAGUAUUUUUGAAAUACUACGUAA